AUGCCUUCCUGGAACGAUGAGGAAAGGGGCUCUGACGAUGACUGCGAGGUCGUCAGCAUGGACAUGGGACUUAUGGAGGAACCAGACACCAUUGUGGAGCUCCUUUUCUGUGGCCAACUUGAGCUUGCUGAACCCAAGUGUAUUCUGCACCACAGGAGGCCUGUUAAGCGUGUUGCUUUUGAAGGCAUAAUAACAGGAAGGCGUUUCUAUGGCUGCCCAGUCCAGGAAAAUGGUGUGAAUUGUGGUGUUGAAGAGGUACUUGACAAGGAGAAGUUUGAGAAGGAGUUGGCCAAGGUUAAGAGUGAACAUGAAAGGGAGUUGGCCAAGCUUAAGAUUGAAAAUGACAAGCUUUGCAUUGAGUACACCAAGCUUGUUGAUGAUGUAUCCAAGAUGUUUGAUAGGCAGGAUGGUCGGGUGGAGAAGGUGAACCAGAAACAAGUGGAGGUGGAAGAACUUGAGAAGAAGAAGAACGAGGUAGAGGAGAAAGCUAGCUUGGAGGUGCAGAUGGAAAAGCUUAAACUUGCAAAUGAGCAGAGGUGCAUUUUGUAG